AAGUAUGUGAAUUCGGUGUCUACAAGCGCCACCUAUCAGUGAAAAUACAUACUCAAAAGGGCAAUAGCUGUAUUUAGGUAUUGUUCACUAUUCUGCGGAAUGUCGCGGGAGCACAAAUCGAACAAGUCACUUCAAACUUUGAUUUCGUUUACCGUCGUAAAAUUACGAGUUCUUUGACGAUUUUUACGAGAAUUUGAAUUGAAAUUUGAUGCAGGCGUUGUAAGUAACGUUGUUAGUCAAAACAAUGUUACUCGUGUCUCGUUUUAAAAAGAACAUUUUAUAAGACAAUAUCGCCAGAGGAUAUCCCUUGUCUUUUUUGUUUUAAUGUUGAAUUUGCUUCCUCUUCCAAGAGAUAAUGAUGCUUCUACUACAGUCUAUAGCGAACCCUUUGGAAAAAUUCUUUAGUAGUUUUAUGGAUGCAUUCCACCGUGGGUGAAAGUAAAAUUUCCCAAAUCAUGAAAAUCCUAGUCGUUAGUCUUCUUCUCUUCCUUCAGGGUAUUCAAUCAGCGCCAUGGUCUCCGUCUUGUCCUCACGAAUGCUGGUGUCACGAAUCCUACUUGGCCAGCAUAGUCGACGAAUGGCAUCUACUCAAUAAAAUGCAGCCGGAUUCAUCCGCCAGCCCCAAUAGCAGCGCCCUUAAUGACCUAUUAUUCCGUGCCGUAAUUUGUGUCCAACAACACGACAUGGAAAUUGAAACCCUAUUGGCCCGCUUGCCGUCUCAAACCGAGGCCAUGAAGAUUAUCCAAGCAUCCGACGCACCGGAAAUCCGCUUGACGGCCACUCAUUUGUCGAAAUUUGUCAACUUGAGAGCUCUGGGUCUCGAAGGAUCUCAACACUGUCUCAACAACAGGAGUCUAGUAGUGCGCCAUCAAUCAUUUUACAUUCGGAUAGCCUCAAAUCUUUGAUUCAACUUCAAUAUUUGAGUCUUGUCAACUUGGAAUUGCUGGAUCAGCCUUCGCCGGAACCGGUCACGGUGGUCGAAAUAGCCGACGACGAACAAUCAGCCCCUUCACAACGGUUGACGUAUGACGUUCCCGAAGAAAUCCUGCCUUACGAAGAGUUCAAAAAGUUGCACCAACAAACGGAACUAAGCGUUCCGUGGAAUGGCUUUUCAAUGUUGACCCAACUCGAGU